AUGAGAUUCUUUCAUGGCGAUAGUCCAGCCCGUGAACUUGAAUGUGGACAGCAGAAAGGUGGUAACUACUACUGUUCCGGAUGUGGUGCGUAUGCACAACAAGUUUAUGAGUUAGACUACCGUUUUCGCUGUCGAUGGAUGUCAUUGUCAGAUCGCCAACAGUUGAUGCUAAAUGGGCCCUAUGGUCGAAAAAAUUAUUUGGCAAAAGCUUACAAGCCCCUGCAGAAGUUGAAAAAACAGGAACUGAUAGCAGAAUUGAAUUCAAGGGGGAUUUUUGAAGGUGAGACAAAGUCAGAACUUGAAAAGCUUCUGCAAGAUGAAAUGCAUGGUGUCCAGCGGGUCCCUGCCUUGCUUUACAAUACACCUACCACUUCACUGGAAUCGAUUAACUGUGAGAACUAUGAGAUACUUUCCAUUAAACCUCUACACGACAUUGGCAAACACAUAGGGAAUGUCCUGACAGAACUCCCAGCCCACCUGCCAGCAGAAGAAGCCAAAGACGUAGAAGAAGUCAUCAAACUUUCAAUGGAAGGAAAAGAUACCAAGCGGACUUUUGAUUACCGGCGUGCUAUAGUCAUUCUUGCACAACAUCCUGCCAAGAUAUCAUCUCACCGUAUCCGACAACUCCUGACCUCUUUGGUAGAAAUUCAGAGGCUUGCUUACAGCUCAGAGAACGAAAGAACCCCCAAAUAA